CCCCCCCGCACCCCUGAUCGGCGGUCGAGAGAGACACACUGCGCCACCCUGUCGCUCCCUUACUCAAUGAGUUCCAAUUUCCCCGCUAGCGGACCUAGCAAACCGGCCAUCCCCCUGGCCAGCUGUCCAAAUGAAUUUCCCGCCCUGCCACAAGUGAGCUCGGCCCCGCCUGGCGGGCCGCGGGCCACCGGGAAAGAUGACCUCCUCCGGGGCGACCCCUACAGCGUGUCGUCAUCAGGCCUCGCGCACCAUCCCCACCAUGCCGCCCACCUCCCGCACCAUGCCGCCCACCUCCCGCACCACGCCCAUCACCCGCACCACCCGCAUCACCCCGGCGCCGGGGGCCACAUCUUGCCCGGCUCGGUCGGUGCCGCCACCUCCUCCUCCUCCACCUCCACCUCCAGCCCCUACGGCCUGAUGGGGUUGCUCGAUGUCCUUCAAAUGAACAACGAUGAUGUCACCAUCUGCGCCGUCGGGCUGGACCUGACCGACCUUGGCCUGGAUCUCAACUCAAGAGAGCCCCUGUACUCCAAUUUCUCCCCCUGGUUCGACAAGAUCCCCAUCGAGCCGGAUUUCCGCCUGCCGGCAUGCUACCAAAUCCCCCUCACCCGGGAGGCCAGUGCCUCUGGAUCGGACGCCCUCUCAUCCGAUGGCCAUUCCCCGGCCAAGGACGACCCCGCUGCCCCCCGGCCAGUCAAGCCCCUGCUGGACAUCAUCCCCAACAUCCUCGAUGAGAGCAGCCUCUUCUACAUCUUUUACGCCUUCCCCGGGGAGAAGGCCCAGAUCGCCGCCGCGCAACGCCUCUACGAUCUCAACUGGCGCUUCCACAUUCUUCUCCAGCGCUGGAUCACGCGCGACGCGCAGGACGUGCCCACCUCCAAUGACGAGCAGAGCGAGCAGUGCUUCUAUCGCAUCAUGGAGCCGCCGCCCGUCCUGCAGGCCACUCGCUCGGAGCUGGUCGUGCAGUUCGACGCCAUCGAGAAGCGCCGGAGCCUGUGACCCUCCGCGGUGGCCGCCGCACAUUGCCCCCCGCCCCCCCCUCCCCUUCCUCGUCCCUGGGCCGAGUAGUAGACCCUGCCCACACCCGGCCAUGCACAGUUGCGCCGGCACCGUGUGUCGCACGGGUGCUCUCUCUCUCUCUCUUCCUCCCU